CGGCCGAACGUCGUUGCAUGCAACUCGACCAAAGCCGCUCUCUCUCCCGCCCAAACGACACACGCCGCACAACACCUUCCCAAUGGCGUUUCUAAUUCUCGUGAUUGGCGACAUUCACAUCCCCGACAGGGCCCUCGACUUCCCUGCCAAGUUCAAGAAGCUUCUUGCUCCCGGCAAGAUUGGCCAGACGCUAUGCCUCGGUAACCUGACAGACAAGACAACAUACGAGUACCUCCGAUCCAUCGCCCCCGACCUCAAGAUCGUCAAGGGCCGCUACGACGUCGAGGCUACCUCGCUGCCGCUGACGCAGGUCGUCACCCACGGUGGCAUCCGCAUCGGCUUCCUCGAGGGCUUUACUCUCGUGUCCAACGAACCAGAUCUGCUUCUCGCCGAAGCAAACCGCCUAGAUGUAGAUGUUCUCUGCUGGGGCGGCACCCACAAGUUCGAUGCCUUUGAGUACAUGGACAAGUUCUUCGUCAACCCGGGUAGCGCGACAGGAGCUUUCCUAAACGGCUGGGGCUCGGAAUCAGAAGACCCAUCACCGAGCUUCUGUCUGAUGGACGUCCAAGGCAUAUCCCUCACAUUAUACGUGUACCAACUAAGAAAGGAUGAACAAGGCAACGAGAACGUCGCGGUAGAAAAGGUCACAUACACAAAACCUGUUGAGCCAUCAGGCGGCUCAUAAUGAUGAAAUGAUGAAUCGCCAAAUAGAGUGGCAAAUGAGUCGGAUAUAGAACUGGGUGACGGCCGACCGAUUUCGAACAAGGCUACACUGAUCUGUGAAGGUGGUGCGCUGGCUUUUUCUUUUUGAGUGGCAUGCUAUGCUGGGAGUUUAUCAACGAAAGCGCUGAUCUUAUUUUCUGUUUUUGACAAAUCAAAUAUACAAGCAUUGAAAAGAAAUCGCGAUCCGAAUACAUAAAUAGGAGAGAGAGGCAAUCUGUAAAGCAACAAGAGCACAAGUUAGGCUCAAUAUUGAAUGAAUAGAAUAUGCAAAAAAGCUGGUAUGCUGAAAACAUGAAAAAAACACAAGCCAUCCAAACAGACGCCUCCCAGUAAAAACGCCAGGCUUUACUCCGUCAAUGACAAAAUUUUUUAAGCAGUGGUAUCACAAAUGUUCCCCUAUACCUCCUCUUCCUCAAACCAUCAUGCUCCGCCGCCGCGAUCCUGUACGCUCCUUGGCAACGGAUGCAGAUUCGGCAUCCACGGCCGCAGAGAACCGUCUUGACGCCUUCCCUCUCGUAGGACGACCAGUGCUCUCAUCCAUUUUUGGUGACGAGCUCUCAAAGUCGUAAACAUCAACCUCGGCUGCGUCCUCAUCGUCGUCAUUAUCAAGAUGAGCGGCAAAGUCUAGGGCUCGGCGAACUGACGAAGUUCGCUUACGCUUCUCUGUUGUUUCAACUUGUUCCAUUGGCGAAUUGUCUGCGGCUGGAAUGGCCUGCAGAGCAUCAGGGCCAGCUGAUUCCCGUUUAACAGUACUCUCUAGAGACUGGCUCCAACGUCUGGAUUUGGCCUCGCCAGCAACAGCGUCGAACAAUUCCUUUGUCGGUCGUCGCAUUUUGACUCGGAGACUUGGUUCCGCAUAGCUGAUAGUAGUUCUAUUUCUUCUGCUUGGCCGAGAAGUUUCUCCCAUGGAUGAAAUGUCUGCUGGUGGAGGGGUGUCCCCACGAUGCUCUUCCACUGGUGGUGUUGGCUCUGGCGACGCCGGAGAGAGGAAAGCGGUCUCCGCCAUGCUGACACUGAAGUCAACAGGAGAAGCAGUAAGCUUUGGAGUAACGGAUUCUUGUAAAGAUAGAGACUCGACCCUCGAAACCUUGCUCUUGGGCUUCAACUUGUCCACGGCAGGCUUCUGUCGCACCAAAUUAGCUUUGGCUACAGCAAUAUCGUCCAUUGCAAUCAAAUGAGCAAGCUUCUUCGGCGAGGUGAUAUCCUCAUUUGUUGUCUUCGAUGAUAGUGGCUUUCGGGCAGGCUUCGUGGUGUCUGGUCGGUUUCUUGCCUCCCGUCGUAUCGAGGCCAAUUCCUUCAAAGAUUUGCCAUAUGCCUUUUCCCUGAUAGCUACCUUUUCAGAAGCGGAGUUGGUGUCGGUACCAUCCUCCGCUAUCCUCUGAACCGGUACAUUUUCCAUCUCACCACCAAAGUCAAGCUUGCGCUUAGAACCUGCUUUGACAGGCUUGGGCCGCCGUUCUUCGACAGUAGCGAGAACUUCAUCAGGUUGAACCAUGAGCGUAGAUCGCUUUUUGGGAGAUGUGUUGAUUAUGAUGGUGCUCUCAUUGACAGGAGAAGGAAAGCGGACGGGUGAGUUGAGCAAACUUGACGAGCUACGCUGAGGCACUGGGCGAUCCGGAGAGUCAAUUUUGACAGGGUCUCUUGUUGGAGAUUCCGUGACGGAAUGGAGUGGCCUGUCAUGGGCUGCUGAGUCGGCUUCGGAAAUAAGCGCUGAUAUUUGUUCGGGGCUGUUCAACGUUAGCGAUCUCUGUGACGCCACGGAAGCAUAGUAGCCAUCAUACUUGAGGGAUUGACGUGAGAAUGCUUUGUGUUCGGAAAUGUGACCCAGCUCUUCGACUUCACGAGCAAUAUCUCGAAGUCUUCGUUGUGAUGGGCUUGUUCUGCUGACCAAACUGGCGCUAGAACGCUGAUUCUGUGAUCUCGGCGAUUCAGGCAAGCGUCUCUUUUUAGGAGGCUGGACGCCCAGCUCGGCAACUAUUGUGCUCCAUUCAGCCAGUUGUGAUUCGAGCCUUUGUUUGAUAUCGAGGGCGUGGUCGGCAACUCGACGCGCUUGUUUGUCUUCAGCCUGGCCUUCGAGUUCGAGAAUGCGGCCGCGGAGUGUUAGGUUUUCGGAAAUGGCACAAGCUAGCUCACUUUCCAAUUCUCGUAUUCUGAGGGCUCGGACGUUAUUGCAUUUGGCAAGCUCUCUAUUUUGUCGAAGCAUCUUGCGCCGAA